GCCCGCCCGCCUCGGCACGGCGCGGCCCGCUCCGCUCGCCCGGACCGCUCGGCCCCCGCCCGCCUUUAGCCUGGAAGAUGGCGGGUGGCGUGGACGGCCCCAUAGGGAUCCCGUUCCCGGAUCACAGCAGCGACAUCCUCAGCAGCCUGAAUGAGCAGAGGAACAACGGGCUGCUGUGCGACGUGGUCAUCCUGGUGGAAGGCCAGGAGUUCCCCACCCACCGCUCCGUCCUGGCGGCGUGCAGCCAGUACUUCAAGAAGCUCUUCACCUCAGGGUUAGUGGUGGACCAGCAGAACGUGUAUGAGAUAGACUUUGUGAGUGCGGACGCGCUGUCGGCGCUGCUGGAGUUCGCCUACACCGCGACCCUCACCGUCAGCACUUCCAACGUCAACGACAUCCUCAACGCCGCCACGCUGCUGGAGAUCCCGGCCGUCAGGGAUGUCUGCACGGAUCUCCUGGAGAGGAAGAUUCUGGCCAAAAAUGACCAGAUGGAUACAGUAGAUCAAAUUGAUCAGAGGAACCAUCUCAGAGCAAAAGAGUACCUGGAGUUCUUCCAGAGCAACCCCGUGAACGGCCACCAAGGCAGCUUUCCGUGGACCAACCCAGAGUUGAGAGACCUUCAGAGACUGAACUUCCGAGGCCAAGAGGAGGAGGAGGAGGCGAACUGCAACGGCCUGGACUUCUACUCGCAAGCCACCCCAACCGAAAGACCAAAGGCAAGUGACUGUGACCCCGACAGCAACCCGGCCAUGUGGCUGGAGCGCGAGGACGAGGAGCAGGUGGGCGGCGGGAUGUUCUCCCCUUCCCAGAACGGACAUUACAGCAGCCGCGGCCUGGCCACCCCGGCCGAGGAGGAGGGGGGCACCCCCAGGGGCCCCCUGGACCCGCAGGAGGCCGGGGACUCGCCCAGCUUCAUCCCCACGGGCACGGAGACGGAGGACGAUGCCAGGGAGGUGGAUGACCUGGCCGCCAGCGCCCUGCUCCAGCAGAUGAUCAACUCGGUGGGGCGGCAGCAGCUCGGCGACGACGACCGCAAGGACGAGGACGGGGUCAUGGAUUAUUACUUGAAAUAUUUCGGCAGUUCCAGCGAGGGCGACGUGUACCCGUCCUGGUCGCAGAAGGUGGAGAAGAAGAUCAGGGCGAAAGCAUUCCAGAAGUGCCCCAUCUGCGAGAAGGUGAUCCAGGGCGCCGGGAAGCUGCCGCGCCACAUCCGCACCCACACCGGGGAGAAGCCCUACGAGUGCAACAUCUGCAACGUCAGAUUCACCAGGCAGGACAAGCUGAAGGUGCACAUGCGGAAGCACACGGGGGAGAAGCCCUACCUGUGCCAGCAGUGCGGCGCCGCCUUCGCCCACAACUACGACUUGAAGAACCACAUGCGGGUGCACACGGGGCUGCGGCCGUACCAGUGCGACAGCUGCUGCAAGACUUUCGUCCGCUCCGACCACCUGCACAGGCACCUUAAAAAAGAUGGAUGCAACGGGAUCCCGUCGCGGAGGGGCCGCAAGCCGCGGGUCAGGGAGGCCGGCGGGGCCUUGCCCCCCACGCCCACGGAGGACGGGAGCGCCCCGGCCCCCGAGGCCGAGGACGCGGCCGCGGGCAGCGAGGAGCAGCAGCAGCAGCAGCACUUUGAGGAGAAUUCCAAUAACGAAGCGCCGGGAUUGAAUGUAGCAGGAGGGUCGGAUGAGGGUAAUGAGCAAGGACUCUCCUAAACCAAAAAAAAAAAAAAAAAAAAAAAAAAAAAAGAAAAGAAAACCAUAAAACCAACCCCAAGCGAUGAAACGAUGAAACAAAGUCACAAAAUCUAGUUAGUACUUUUCCUCCGAUUUUUCUCUUUAAAAGAUGUUUCUCUCCCUUUUUUUUAAGGAAAAAAGAAAAAAAAAGCUACAAAAAAAAGAAAAAAAAAAAAGAGAGAUAUUAUAUUAAUGUUUUCCAAUCUUCCCAUCGUAAGCGGGGCUCUCCCCCGAGGAUCCCUCAUAGCCAAGGACCUUUUCUUGGAAAGGCAAGGACGCUAGGGAAGCACGAGGUGGGGAUGGAAAGUGGCUCUGUCGCAUGGAAAAGAGCUUCCAUGUAAAUCCAAAGCUUUAUUUUGUGUCCAAACACAUGUUUAAAAAAAAAAAAGAAAAGAAAAAAAAACUUAUUUCAGAGAGAGAUCUAUUUAAGAAAAAAAAAGGAAAAAAUAGAAAAAAAAAAAAGGAGUGGUAGGAGUUGGAAGGGCUGUGGCAGGGCAGGGUUUGGGAUUUGGGGGCCGGGGGCUCCUUCCCAGGAGAUGUGGGUCAGGAUUUGGGGUCUGUCCCCAGCCCCCCCUGAGUGCGAGGCUCAGUCGGGCAGCGAGGGCUCCGGGUGGGGAGAAAUUUCUGGAAAUUGCUGGGAAAAUUGCCUAAAAAAAAAAAUCAAAAAUCAUGUGAGAGAGAGAGAGAGGGCAGCAGGUUCGGCAGGGUUUGUGUCGGGCACCCGGGGCUGGGGACGCUGGAGAUGGGGACAGGGCAGGGCUGGGGACACCGGGAUGGGACAGCAGGGUGGGGACACAGGGAUGGCUCAGCCGUGCUGUGGAUCCCGUGUCCAUCCCUGUGUCCAUCCCCGUGUCCAUCCCCGUGUCCAUCCCCGUGUCCAUCCCUGUGUCCAUCCCCGUGUCCCUCCUGGUCCCUCCUGUCCCUCCCCAUGUCCCCACGCCGUCCCCACCCCGCGGUGCCCAGGAAGUGCCUGAGUCAGCCCAGCCCCCGCUGCCGGCAGAAUUUGGGGCUGGGGGGUCCCAAAUCCCCCCCAGGGAAUUUUUAUUUUCCCCCACCCCUCUCCCUCCUCCCCCAGGGAAUUUUUCCCUCCCCAGCGCAGCCCCAAAAACGCCUCCAAAUCCCUUUGGCAAAAAGGUUCUUUGGGGCGACCCUAAAGGAGCAGGAGGCCUUUGGGGAGGGGGAGCAGCUUGCAGCCCCCCCAGCCCCAUUCCCAAAAAGAAAAGAGAAGAAAAUAUAUAUAAAUAUAUAUCUAGAGAUGCUCUAUGGCUGGAGAGGCGGGUCCCGACCCUCGGGGGGAAAAGGCACCUUUGAGUUGGUCACCUGUUUUCUAAAUGCACAUUUUUAAAUGCUAAAAAAGAAAAAAAAAAGAAAAAAAAAAAGAGUAAAAAACCAGAGAGAUUUUAAGCCCUUUUAUUUUCAAAGCACUUUUUAGAUUCUCUUCCUUUUAUUUUAAUUUUUUGUUGGUUAUUUUGGGGUUUUUUUUCCUUUUUUUUUUUUUUUUUUUUUUUUUUUUUUUUUUUUUUUUUUUUUUU